AUGCAGAUUGUUGUCAUACUUCUGAUACUCAUACGAAUGGACCACUCACAGGGAAGGACCGAGAAACUCAUAGAAAACCUGCAAAGGCGGACACAAGCGUCGAGAUUAUUGCCAGAAAAACCUCAAAACCUCUUUCAAAGAGGUGUCUAUGACUCCAUAGCUAAUCGCAUCUAUAGACCGAAGAUAGAAAUGACAUCAAAACACAUUAAAAAAAGAAGCGAUUCCAAUUCUCUUGAUAAACAAGAUGAAGGAAAACCACUAGAAUGUGGGGGAGUUAUUUCAAGUUUCCCAAGAAAAGAUAUCAGAAUAGAAGAAUUUCGGAAAAUUCUCCAAAGAGAAGAGAAAAUGAAAGGGAAAAUUACGCAGGGGAGCUCUACUUCCGUAAAACCCCAGUUCAAGGGAGCUGAAUCUCCACCGUCGAGGAUUCCUCCCUAUGCAAUGCGAAUACUCCAAGGAAUUCCACAACUCCAAGUGCUUCAAGCACUCUACGAUGGACUCGGCAUUCCAGGACCUCUAAGAUUGAUGUCAUGGAUUUGA